AUGAAGAGAUCAUUAAACGAUUCAAUUUAUUCAAAUUCUUCUUCUUCUUCUUCUUCUUCAUCAUCAUCAUCAUCACCACCACCACCACCAUUAAUUAAAUCUUUUAAACGAUUGAAAUUAGAAUAUGAAAUUUUCUCCACUUCAAUUCAAGAUAUUGAAAAAUUAUUCAAUGAAGAAAUUACUACAACUACCACAAAUACUACUAUAUCACCUGAAUUAUCAUUAUUUACAAAAAAUAAUCCAAUAAAAGGUAUAUCAAAUACUUUUAAUAAUCCAGAUUCUUCUCAAUAUCUUGAUAAAAUAAUCCCAUCAACUUCAUUUAAUUAUGAUUGUAUAAAUAUGUCAUUUCUAGAACCACCAACAACAAGCAGAUAUCCUACUGAUAAUAUACCCGUUAAACCAACAAAUCAAUAUAUUACUACUACUACUGGUACUACUACUACUGGUACCACUACGUUAACUACAAAUAUGUAUCUUGAUAUAGAUUAUGAUGAAUAUGAUUAUGAUUAUGAUUAUCAACCUUUAAUUAAUCAAGAUUUAUCAAUGAUAGAUCAACUUAUUUUAAAAAGUUCAAUAUAA